AUGAGUUACACGAGCAAUGAGAGUGACCAUAACGAGUCACCAGGUGGUGAUAAUGGAAGUGACUGUAGAAGUAGUAGAUGGGAAGGGAAUGCUUUGAAGAAAGGGCCAUGGAGUUCAGCUGAAGAUGACAUUCUUAUUGACUAUGUGAAGAAGCAUGGUGAGGGUAAUUGGAACGCUGUGCAGAAACACACGGGCUUGUUUCGUUGCGGUAAAAGUUGUCGGUUAAGGUGGGCUAAUCAUUUGAGGCCAAACUUGAAGAAAGGAGCAUUUAGCCAAGAAGAAGAACGGAUCAUUGUUGAAUUGCAUGCUAAGAUGGGAAAUAGAUGGGCUCGUAUGGCUGCGCAUUUGCCUGGCCGAACAGAUAAUGAGAUAAAGAAUUAUUGGAACACUCGCAUCAAGAGGCGACAACGAGCUGGUUUACCACUUUAUCCUCCUGAAAUGCAUGUCGAAGUACUGGAGUGGAGUCAAGAGUAUACAGAGAGUAGAAUUUUAGGAGGAGAUAGAAGACAUGAAGAUUUCUUGCAGCUGGGGAGUUGUGAUUCUAAUGUCUUCUUUGAAAGUCUUAAUUUUGUUACCGACAUGGUACCUGGUGUUUCUGACCUAGCAGAUAUGGCUGCAUGCAAAUUUCUCGGAAAUGGUGCAAGUUCUCCUCGGUAUGAAAACUUCAUGACACCACUAAUGCCUUCCUCGAAGCGGCUUCGGGGAUCUGAAUCGUUGUAUCCUGGGUGCAGCAGUAGCAUAAAGGAAGAAUUCCCGUCGCCUGAACAUUUCCAGAACACAGCUUCACAAAAGAUUUUGAAUACUUGCAGUUUCUCAGUUCCUUGUGAUGUCGAUCAUCCUCCUUAUGGAAACCAACAUUCACCUGUUGUGAUUCCAGAUAGCCAUACCCUUACGGAUGGCAUUGUUCCUACUUCAACGCCCUCAUUUGGGGCAGUGAAGCUGGAGCUCCCUUCAUUCCAAUAUUCAGAAGCAACAUUUGAUCAGUGGAAGAAAUCGUCACCUCCUCCACACUCCAAUUUCUUUGAUCCCAUUGAUACGUACAUUCAGUCUCCACCACCACUAACAUGGGAAGCGGAGUCAGAUUGUUUUUCAAAUUGUGAUACCGGUCUACUUGAUAUGUUGCUUCUGGAGGCCAAGAUCAGAAAUAAUGGUACAAAGAACAGUUUGUUCGAGAAUUGCGCUUCAACUACUCCAUCAGCUGAUUUAGCUGAGGGUGGUGUAUCCCAAAUUAAAUCAGAGGAGUUUGACGAUUCCCUGAAGAGUUUGAUCCUUUCCAAGAUUUCAAUUUCCACACAACACAAUGCAGAUGGAAAUCCAAUAAGGCUGAGAGAAAAAGAGCGGAAACCCGUCUUGGAUAUAACACGGCCUGACGUUUUGCUUGCAUCUAGCUGGCUCGACCAUGGGUUAGGGAUUGUAAAAGAGACGGGUAGCAUGAGCGACGCACUCGCGGUUCUCCUUGGUGAUGACAUAGGAAAUGACUAUAUGCAGAUGAGUAUUGGAGCAUCCUCAGGAGUUGGGUCUUGUUCUUGGAGCAACAUGCCUCCUGUCUAUCAAAUGACGGAACUACCCUAA